ACGAUGUCCGGGAUGCUACAAGGUACAGGGUAGCACUGUGCAUAUACCUCCCCCAUUUUCCUCGGGAACAUCCCCUCAUCUCCAACACUCCGGCGCCUGAAUGCCAUGUGAACUGCUGGUCCUUGACCUUCUUCUCCUCGGGUGCACAAAUGCCCAAUCACACUCUGCUUGUCCCACGCUAGGCUGUACGGAUUUCUCAAUACGUGGAUGCCUUGCCGUUGUGGCUUGCCAACGUUGGCCGCAGGAUCUCAGUGGCGUGCAAGCCGCUGAUGGUGGCGGCUUGAGAUAUUGUAUAUGGCACCGACAGAAGAGUACAGAUCAUAAGUAUCGCGAACCUCAUGUUUUGUUUCUGAACGCUGACUUAAGACUAAGUUGGAACAUAUAUACAUGCAAGUCUUCUCGGCUGUCACAGAUAGCUGGCGCGAUGAGUCAAACUCGUCGAUCUGAUUACUUUGAUCUGUCUGACACGAUCAUUUGCGUCAGUUUCUAUCGCAUGUGCUCCUUAAGAGACGAACACCUACUCCUUGAAUCAUCAAUGAAGGCGUCUCACAUCGGAGCGACCGCAUUGAGUACUGUCUCUGGGGCUGCCAAGUCCUGUGCAGAGUUCUAGAGAAAUCCACCAAAUCGUCAGUCCUUUUCCAAAGGAACCUGUCCCAAGCCUUCGAACAACGACACUAAUUACCCAGAAUGUCUGUACUGCCCGUCGCCUCUUUGUCAGUCAUAACUCCACGCAAUCGACAAAACCAAAUGACCCCCACCUGCAAGGAGUUGAUUAAAGUGCCUAGAUAACACAUCAACUUUUCAUCUCCCCCCUGCGUCCCAUUGGAGGGUGUCACAGCAGACACUAGUCAGAUCAACAAGUAACAUAGCCCCAUGGUCGGCAGAAUAUGUUGCUGUGGCUGGCCAUUUCUGGGUGUCUUUUGCUUUUUUCUCUCGCC